CGUGAAGGCUUGCAGUUUUCGGGGUGCCCCUAGCGGCGUUGAGUUUGAAGCGAGAAGUGAGUGUUUCCUUAUUCCAGUUUUGGAUUAUAUGUCGCCGAUGUUGCUUUUUUUUUCAUUUCGUCUGUUUUAUCGAUUCUAUUAAGUAAUGGAUACGUACUUUAGUUGAAUGGAUUUUAAAAAUUUAAAGACAUUGCAGUUCUUUCAAAUAUUUUAGCCAUCAUUAAGAUAUUUCUCUGUAUGAUAUUUCUUCAAUCAUCGUUGUUUUCCUGAUUGGAUAAUACAUUUCUAUUUAUAUAAACCAAGUAAAUGUGUGUUUAUGCUUGUUAGUUAGGACAUUCUAAAAGUGUAAAACUUGGAUAUACUUCUUCUGGAUAUACUACUUGUGUGGAUUGUGUUUUGAGAAACUUUGGAUUACAUUCAAUGGGAUUUUUGCUAGUUCACUCCCGGAAUUUAUAUACUUUCGAGUUUUAGAAUUUACUACAUAAUUUUUAAUUUCAAUUUUGGUUUGGAUUAAAAACAAAAAAAAUCACAAUGUUCUUCAGAAUCAGGAAUUUGUUAAAAGUUGCGUUGGUGAUUUCGAUAUGCGUGGGUCUGUCUGUCGAGACGGAUAACUCUACAGAGAGCAAGGAAGACGCAGCCAACAAAGGUAAAUCCCGAAAGAAACGCCGGGGCUGCAAGUGCGUCCAGCGCUACAUGACGGAGGUCGACAAGAUGAUCGACACCAAGCUCAAAGAAUUCCGGGACGUCUACCUGGCCACGCCCCUCCACGAGAAAAAAGACACGGAGGCCGCACGCAUGCGCGACGCCUUGCUCCGGCUGAGCGGGGACGUGGCCGAGACGAAGAACACCCUUCGGGUGUUGACCACCAACAUGGAGAGCGUCUUGGAGGAUUUGAACAACACCCAGAAGGACUACACCAAGAUCUCCAAGCAGUUGAACCGUAUCAGCGGGGCCGUGGCGAACCUGACCAAGUACGUGGAUAAUCUCGAACAGCGGAUUGUAUACCCGCCGAACGAAAUCACCGUGGGCAACGAUUUGGAGACGAGCACCAUACCGAAACCAAUGCCAACUCAAUGUCAGGACGUGUUUGAACAGGGAGGGAUGAAGUUCAUGGGAGACUACUACAUCAUGAUCAAACCAGCGGGGGUAACUCAUGCGUUCAAAGCCCUGUGUAAGAUGGUGAAUAAUUCAGCAGGUUGGACCGUCAUACAGAAACGACAAGAUGGCUCAGUGGAUUUCUACAGGACCUGGGAGGAGUACCGACACGGGUUCGGAACCCUGGAGGGCGAGUUCUGGUUGGGCAACGACAACAUUCACUAUCUGACGUCACAAGAGGACACGAUGCUGCGGGUGGAGAUGGAGGAGUGGAGCGGCAAGAAACACUACGCCGUCUACAACCACUUCAAGGUGGACGGCGCCAAGCAGAACUACCGCCUCCACAUUUCCGGCUACAGCGGCAACGCCGGGGACUCGAUGACGUCACCUUGGGAGAACCACGACGGGAUGCCGUUCAGCACGAAGGAUCAGGAUAACGACGGGAGGUACUACGACUCUUGCGCCGAGCACUAUAAAGGCGCCUGGUGGUUUAACAACUGCUUCGAGGCCCACCUCAACGGCAGAUACUACCACAAGGGCUUCCACAAAUUCUACUUCCAGCGCGACGGCAUCCAGUGGAACACCAUCCACAUGUACUCCUCCCUCAAGGCCGUGCAGAUGAUGGUCAAGCCGGCCGACAACCCCAGGAGCACCGCCUCUAAUGAGCUGACCAGCAACAUCUAGGAGUCCCAUCCUCCGGAGCGUACACUCAACGCGUAUAUUCACAACAAGCGGAGAAAUUUAAAAAAAUAAAAUUGUUUGCAGUUGUAUGUUGCAGUUGUAUACAUGUAUUCGCAGUAGUCAUCUAUAUCUACAUCAACCUCUGGUCAAGUCAUUAUAAGCUAAUUUUGCUUCAUUUUGAUUUUUCGUCAUUGGAAUUUCUAGAACCUUUUCAGGUAUUCAGAAAGUUUGCAUUCUUACAAUAGUCUUCUUCAUUGAAGGAAUUGAGUAAAACAAUUUAUUUACCAGAUUACACAAGUAGCAAAUUAACAUUUGCUGUGAGUACUAACGAUGGUUAUAAAACAUUAUAUUUCUUAUUGAAGGAAAUGACUAGUAAGAAUGCAGCAAAGCGAUUAGUUUGUAAAUAUUGAGGUUUGUUUUGAAGGUGUACAGUGUAUCUAGAACGGGAUGUGUGAAGUACCUGUGUAUUCUCAAAGAAUAUGUGAAUUGGAAAUGAAGAGUUGCUCUAUGAAAUGUAGAGUUCAUGAAACAGUAUUUAUUUGUUGAACUUGAGAAGUGUACUUUUUAAAGAGUGUUGGUUUAGGUGAUUUUCAGAAGUGAAGAGCAAGAAAGUUUUCAAAUGGAUUAGGUGAUCUUCAGAAGUGAAGAACAAGAAAGUUUUCAAAAGUUGAAUAAGCUUUGUGUUUUUGUUCAGAGUAGGCCCUAUAUGUUCUGAAAUACUAAAAUGUUUAUUUCAAAGUAAUAUUUAGGAUUAAAUAUUGCAGUGGAAGUAAAGUGGAAAUACAAUCAACACACAGGAAGGAGAUUAAGUUUUAUUAAAAAGGUGGAAGGGAAAAACGUUGAAAAUGUCAAAUUUAAAAGUUGGAAUUGGAAAAAGUCUCAAAUUAAAUAUUUGGAGCUAAACUUUAUAAAAUUGAAAUGUGGAAAGAGAAGCUAAUGUGGGUUAAAAUUCUAAAAAUUGUUAACAGUGUGGAAUUUCACUAUUGAACUGAAAAAAAAAUAGUCUUAAGAUGCUUGAAAUGGAAACUGUCGCAGAUGAAAGAAAAACAUUGUGAAGCGUGGAGUUAUGUUUGCUGUGGCUGUACUGUGAUAGCUAGAGCAAAAACUAAAGCAAGUCUAGUGUACCCUUCACAAGACAGCACGUAUGACAUAUAUGACAGUACGUGACAACUGUAACAUGGAGGCUUUCAUGGCCGUUCACUUAUUCACUCUUGGUUUAUUGUUUAUGUAGACUAAAAAUCCUUAUACAAAUGUAUCAGCAUUUAAAAAUUUGUAAAUUAGUUGUUGUUUUAUUUGUAAUUUUUUAUAUGUUCUAUAUAUAUAAUGUACAAAUAAUUAAAAUGCAUUAAAGUGUAUUUUAAAGAAAUUCAAAAACAAUUUUAACAAGCCUAAAUCUAACUAAACAAAUAUUAACUUUUCUUGAAUUUACGUAAAUCUAA